AGAACCGGUUUACUUUAAAUUUUCAGCUUGAUGAUAAUUAAAGCUAAUAGAAGAAGGAAAUGUGAUUCGUUAAUCAUUAAAAGCAAUCUCACUCAUCAAUAGAGUAAAAGAGAGAAAAUAGUGUAAAGCUAACAUCAAAUUGAAUACAGAUGUGUUGAGAAUCAGAAGCCACUUUGUUUUCAUCAGAAGCAGUUGAGUUGUUUCUUGUCUAGCUUGAUUGGUUUUGACCUUUCAUACGGAGAAUAGAGAUCAAAUCGGAAAAGGUGGAUCCAAAAUCUAGAACUUCUUGAUUCCAUAGAAGUGAGAAGCUCAUCUUUACACCAACCAAUCAGUUCGGAAUCAUCUGUUGUCAGCAGUAAUUCAGUGCAAAUUACCAUGGCCAGUGAGACCCCUUUCGAUGUAGUUAAAGUGUGCGAUUGCCUUAAAAAAUAUAAUGAGGAUGUCUCUGCUCUAAGCCUUGAUCUUUACAUUGAAGCAUACAAAGAACUUCAAAAAUUCUUCAACUGUCUAGGAACCGUAUUUUCAUUUGUAACGUCAGAUGUUGAAAGUAAAAUCAAUAUUCUUGAAUGCUAUCGAAACGAUCAAAAUUGUGGAGCUGAUUACAAAACAUUACAAUCAAUGAUUGAAUAUGAAGCAAAAAACAAUCUGCUGAAAAGUGAAGACAGACCUUCAGGUGCCCGAACUUUACUUAGAUUACACCGAGCACUUGAAUUCAUUUCCAAGUUUAUUCUUGAAGUGAGCAAACUGGAAGAUCUCGCAGCUACUGGGCCUGCAGCUCGUUCAGCUUAUCAAUCUACAUUAGCUAAAUAUCAUCCAUGGGUUAUUCGUAAAACUGCAUCCUUAGCUAUGUAUGGAUUACCUAAUCGUGAACAAUUAAUUAUUAGAGCCUUUGGUGGUGAACCAGGCGGCAACAAAGCACUGUACACACAGACAAUGAUUAACUUGGCUGAACUCUCGGAAACGGCCUACAACAUAACAAAUAAACUCUACGAAGACAACAAUUUACUCGAUUUGCCAUAAAGAGGUUUGAUCUCAGUAACAUACAAUUGAAUCAAGAACAAAAAUUCGAAACAAAGGAUUCGUGGUAAUACAUUUUCACCAAAUCAUAAUUUUUCAGUUAUAGAUGAUAAUCAUCACCUUUUUUUACUUUUAUUUGGCAUCUCUCAAUUGUGAAUUGUGAUUUCUUUUCCUCCUUGUGAAUUGUAUCAAAUCUUUCUAUCACUUCAUUUUCAUCCUUAUUAGUGUUAUAUUUUAAAUGGACAAUUUGUUCAUCCUUGUUAAUAUUUGUUUUGGUGAAAAGAGCUUGUGAUUAUACCGAACAAACGAAGCAGUCUACAUUAGGAAUUGUCUAAUGUCGAUACUUUAUAGCUCAAAUUACCAGUUGAACUGAUUGUUAAAAAUUAUAUUUUCUGCUUGUUGAUCAAGAUAUCUACUUUUCGAUACAAAAUUUACGAUUUAAAUUCCAUUUUUCUAUAAAUUAAUCUAUGCACACUCACAUUGUUCAAUCACCUUAACAAAUAUUUUGAAAAAAUCAAAUAUCUAUUGUUAUUAUAUUAUUGUUACCUUGACUUGCAUCAAUCUUGGAUCAACUAGACGAAACCUCAAAAUGGUGAUCGUCAAUUUAUCAAAUUUACCUUUUGAACAGACAUUAAUACACAAUCGAUGAGGUUAUGGACCAACAUAAGGAUAAAUUUCCUCAAUUCUUGAAAAAUCUACAUCACUAUUCACAGAAAUUAAUUGUUAUUCUUUAUCUUUCUAUGAUAGUUUUUGUUACUCGUCCAUAUUAAUUUAAUUGUUGACCCAUUUUAUUUUCAAAUUUUUUGAAUUUUAUGUUUCUCCUUGAUUCCUCAAUUCACCUCAUUCCAGGAGUCUGUUUAAUAUUUUAUCCAUUUCAUUUGAAGCUCAAACAAAAACAUUUUGUUAUAUUUCAGCCAUCGCUCAUUGUUUGAACGAAACACAUUAAACUGUCGACUGGUUCAUCCACUAAAGUCAGGCAAUGAUCAAAUAAAAACGCCAUUUGAACUAAAAAAUGGCUUUAAGCCGCAACCUA